CGUCUGACCCAGUGCACUGAUCUGCUCCCCGCGCGCUGAGACGCUGAGCCACAGCAGCGCGCGCACGGUCAGUCCGUGUUAAUGCGGGUCAGCACGCGCUGUCUGACCUGCUGUCUGUAAUCACACACCGCGCGCCGUUACAGCAGGAUACAGGGCUUAUGUGCCAGCAGUGAGACGGACAUGUGGCCCAGUUUGUGUCAACCCAAGAGGGAGAUUGACAGCUCUCCAGAAGGCAGACAGAACUGAGUGCAGACGGAGCUGUUCCACCUGAAGCUAAAGCCUCUAUUAACCUCGCCAGAAAGUUCCUGACAAAUCCACAGCAUGGGGCUUCCUGCAGAGAGUUCAGACCCCCAGGACUCCUAUCAGUGUGAGCCCAAAGCAGGGGAGGAGGGAGAGGGCUGGGGUAGUGACGGCCAUGCUGAAGCCGGCACCCCAACCCCUUUAUCUACAGGGAACAAGAAGAAAAAGAAAAAGAAGAAGAGAUUGUGGAUCAAUCUCACAAACUGUAAAUAUGAAAGUGUGCGCCGAGCUGCUCGCAAAUAUGGUCUGCGAGAGGCUGGAGAGGGAGAAGACUGGACGUUGUUUUGGACAGAUUGUUCUGUCUCUUUGGAUAGAGUAAUGGAUAUGAAGCGAUACCAGAAAAUCAACCACUUUCCAGGAAUGAGUGAGAUCUGCAGGAAAGAUCUUUUAGCCAGAAACAUGAACCGUAUGUUAAAACUCUUUCCCAAAGACUACAACAUCUUUCCCCGGACAUGGUGCCUCCCUGCAGAUUACAGUGAUUUUCAAGCCUACACGAGAGCCAAAAAGCACAAAAUGUACAUCUGCAAGCCAGACUCUGGGUGCCAGGGUCGUGGUAUCUUUCUCACCAAGUCCAACAAGGACAUUCGCCCAGGGGAACACAUGAUCUGUCAGGUGUAUGUAUCCAGGCCGUUCAUAAUUGACGGAUUCAAGUUUGACCUGCGCGUUUAUGUGUUGGUGACUAGCUGUGACCCCUUUCGCAUCUUUGUAUAUAACGAGGGUCUGGCCCGCUUCUGUACCAAUCUGUACAAUGAGCCCACCAGCAGCAACAUGGGUGAUGUUUGCAUGCAUCUGACCAACUAUGCCAUCAACAAGCACAGUGAGAAUUUUGUGCGGGAUGAUGACACAGGCAGCAAACGGAAGCUGUCUACUCUUAACAAGCAUCUGGAGGCCAUGUGUUACAACACAGAGAAAGUGUGGGUGGACAUUGAGGAUGUGAUUAUAAAGACCCUUAUCUCUGCUCACCCAAUUCUAAAGCACAACUAUCAUACCUGCUUUCCCAACCACGCCUCAGGGAGUGCAUGUUUUGAGAUCCUCGGCUUUGAUGUUUUGCUGGAUCAUCGGCUCAAGCCCUGGCUUCUGGAGGUCAACCAUUCUCCAAGCUUCACUACAGAUUCUCGCUUGGACCGUGAAGUAAAGGAUGGUUUGUUGUAUGACACUCUGGUGCUGAUUAACCUGGGGGCAUGUGAUCGCAGAAAGAUUAUGGAAGAGGAGAAGCGAAGGGUGAAAGAACGACUACAGCAGAAUCGCUCAAGAGAGGCCAGGAGUGAAGAACUUCGGCAGUCCCAUGCAACCAAUAUGGAGCAAAUGGAGAGAUAUGAAAGCAAACACUUGGGAGGAUUCCGACGAAUCUACCCCAGAGAAGGUGGAGAGAAAUACGAGAAGUACUUCAAACACAGUAGCUCACUCUUCCAGGAGACAGCAGCCUCCAAAGCCAGGGAGGAGUGUGCUAGGCAGCAGCUGCAGGAGCUGCGUCUGAAAGAAGAGCAGAAGGGAAAUCACAGACGGGACCUGCAAGGAGAAUCUGCUGGGGAAAGAGCCAAACCACGAAAAUCUCAGACUCACUCCACACACCCCGGCACAAACUCUGAACAACAAGAUUUCCUCUCCAUGCCUUCACAACCUUCUUCAGGAGUAGACAAUUCUCAAGUUCUGGAUGUGUCAGAAGAAGAGGAGGUGGAGCGAGUGAAUGGACUCCUCCAAAGGGAGAAUUUGCUGCGGGACUUAGGUGUGGUCGACCAGGUGUACAGGCUAUUUCAAGACACCCAGCGUCAGUCUGAUCCUGCCAAACACCAACAAGAACAGGCCAAUUUUCAUUCAUGUAACAGACAUGAUAAAGUGAGCAAGAUGGAUUCUCUGGCAGAGUUCUGGAGGCAAAAGCAUCCUUGCGCUGUGAUUCAGAGGCAGGUCCCUCCAGGAGCUAAGCCCUGUCUGCGGUACGUUCCUACUCGCCUCCUGCAGCAGGACACGCACUGGCUCACACGGGAGUCUGGACCUGCUCGGCCAGCGCUGACUGAGCAAAGCAGUCUGCAGCGCUAUGUGCUGGAACUGACAACAGCGACAACAGAGGCUGAGAAGCAAGCCAGAACAGAUCAUAGGAGGGCCAGUAGUGCUCAUCGAGUGCAUUGCACAAAUGCUGGUCCUUUAAUAAAACAAGGCACUAUAAGGUCCUCUUUUGCGGAGUCAAGGACACAAGCUGCAGUGACGGCUGUGCCACAGCUGGUUUCCAGAGGACUCCACUAUGCUCCAGUAUCUUCUCACCCUAAAACCAUGCAGAGUCUGUUCAUCAUCUCCACCUCAGCCCCUCUGGUCCCAAGACCAGAGCUCUCAUAUACCCUCCGCAAAGCUCCCCGCAAAGAACCCCAGCUGGGCCACUGAUGUGGAGGGCAUCACUGCUCAGAAAACAGUUCUCAACAGCCAAGCUGAGGAAUCAACAGAACACUUCCCUGCAGUACCUCAGCUCCAGACAGCUUUUUUGAUCAAUUGUAUUUUUAUAUUAAAGAACUUGGGGGUUCUCUUUUAAACAGUGGUGUAAAGAAUUGCAUCAUUAACUUGGUAUUAAGAGACUGGUGCCUGAUGUAAGUAACUGAUUUUUUUUAUGUAACUGAGCCAGUUGGAAACAUAUUUAAAUAAAAAUCACUUUCGUGA